GUAUGAACAGGAUUCGGAUUCACGUCUUGCCAACCAAUAGGGGGAGGAUCACUCCAGUGCCUAGGUCUCAGGAGCCUCUGUCUUGUUCAUUCACUCAUCGCCCAUGCACUCAACCUCGUCUGGAAGGACAAGAGUUUUGCAUUAAGCAUAUCCUUGAAGACAAGAAUGCACCCUUCAAGCAAUGUAGUUAUAUAUCGACGAAGAACGGAAAAAGAUGUCCCAGUGCUGCCCCAAAGCCUGAGAAGAAAGAUGGGGUGUCUUUCUGUGCUGAACAUGCCCGUAGGAAUGCCUUGGCACUUCAUGCCCAAAUGAAGAAGAUCAACCCAGGGCCUAUGGGUGAAACACUCUUAUGCCAGCUGAGCUCAUAUGCUAAGACAGAGCUAGGUUCUCAGACUCCAGAAAGUAGCCGAAGUGAAGCCAGCCGAAUUCUAGAUGAAGACAGCUGGAGUGAUGGGGAGCAGGAACCCAUUACUGUAGAUCAGACAUGGAGAGGUGACCCUGACAGUGAAGCGGAUAGCAUAGAUAGUGAUCAAGAAGAUCCCCUAAAACAUGCUGGUGUCUACACAGCAGAAGAAGUAGCCCUAAUUAUGCGUGAGAAGCUGAUUCGUUUGCAGUCUCUGUACAUUGAUCAGUUUAAACGACUUCAGCAUCUGCUCAAAGAGAAGAAGCGUCGUUACUUACAUAAUCGCAAAGUGGAGCAUGAGGCUUUAGGCAAUAGCCUUCUGACUGGUCCAGAGGGACUUUUGGCCAAAGAACGAGAGAACUUAAAACGACUAAAAUGUCUUCGAAGGUAUCGCCAGCGCUACGGAGUAGAAGCCUUACUACAUAGGCAGCUGAAGGAACGCAGAAUGCUAGCCACAGAUGGUGCUGCCCAACAGGCCCAUACCACUCGUUCCAGUCAGAGGUGCUUGGCAUUUGUGGAUGAUGUUCGUUGUUCCAAUCAGUCUCUUCCAAUGACCAGACAUUGCCUUACUCAUAUUUGUCAGGACACGAAUCAGGUUCUCUUCAAAUGCUGCCAGGGGUCUGAGGAGGUACCCUGCAACAAACCAGUUCCUGUAAGCCUCUCUGAGGAUCCCUGCUGCCCACUGCAUUUCCAGUUGCCUCCUCAGAUGUAUAAGCCCGAGCAGGUACUGUCUGUGCCAGACGAUCUGGAAGCCGGCCCCAUGGAUCUGUACUUGAGUGCCGCUGAGCUUCAGCCCACUGAGAGUUUACCUCUGGAGUUCAGUGAUGACUUGGAUGUUGUGGGUGAUGGGUUGCAGUGCCCUCCUUCACCCUUGCUUUUUGAUCCUUCACUAACUCUCGAAGAUCAUUCAGUCAAAGAAAUUGCUGAAGGCCCAGUGGAUAUAUUGGGCCAGAUGCAGAUGGAGGUAGAUGGAUGCAGAUCCCAGGGAUCUCGAAAUUGUGAGAAAGCCUCUGCAUUGCUGCCUCAAAGUGGAGUUGCUACUGCAAAUGGGAAAGCAGAACCGACUUCCAUCAGUUGAUAGUUUGGUUUGGGAACCAUUUGACUUUGGAGGAUUUAAAUUUCCCAUUUUCCAAACAAGUAUUUCUGACCAUUUCUCACUAAACAAAGACAACCCCAUCUACUUGUUUCACUUCUGGGUUGUUGAGUACUAUAGUUAAACCAAAUUAUGGGGAAUGGACCAAUAAUGUCUGAAAGUUGUGGGUUUCUUCCUACUCUGGGCAAGGAAGAGAGACAGGUGAUCCUUCUUGGAGCUGUUAGGAUUGAGUAAGUAUUUGGGGCUGGGCCUAAGGGGAAAGAGACAUCUUUAUAUAAUGGGAUUCCCACGUCAUGGACUGGAAUCCACAUAGGUGAUUAGGUGGAACCUGUGUCUAUGAGUGGUGCCCUGGGAUAUUGAUGGACCCACUUUCUGGUUAUCUCUACCCAACAGCCUACGUUUUAGCCUUUCCUCACCUAUCACCUGAUUGGGCAAUCUGAAUGCCCUUCUCCCAGUGAACUCUGACAUAUGUCCUCUAGGAGAAAAUAGCCUGUAGGACUGGACCCCCUUAACCAUCUUUUUGUUUCUAAUCCAUGUAAAUUUCUGUAGUGGCAAUGUUAUGUAAGAUACAGUGAAAAUCUGUUGUGUAUCAUUUCUGUUAAAUGUUGAAGAGAAUAUUAUGAAAAUGUAAAAUAAUC